UGACUCUCCGGUUGGUCAGCAGAGAAAAAGGGAUCCAGCGAGUAACGGGAGCAGAGCUGGCGUGGAAAUUAAAUUAAACUGGGAAAAACACAACAGAAGGCACAAAAAACACAAUAAAAACAGGUCUGCUUGGAUUAGAUAAUCGAUGAAGAAGCCAACCAGGAUGAGGAUCUCUGCUUAAAACAUCCCCACUUCCUCUUCCUUGUGUCUGGACGGAGAAAACCCACUUUAGUUUUUUUUUUUCCCCUUGCAGAGCAGAAGCAUUGAGCUGGAGUCAUGGCGAACAUGUGCCCUUAUGGCCGUUUCACCCACGCCGUGGUGAGAGGCAUCCCAGAGACCUUUGGGAAAACAGCUGGAGAGGGCCGUGAGAACGGGGAGGUCACGGUGGACCAGGCCAAAGCCCAGCGUCAGUUCGGCUGCCUGACCGGGGCGCUGAGGCAGAAGGUGGGCCUGCAGCUGAUCGAAAUCCCCCCCGACCCCGAGCUGCCGGAGAGCUGGAGGAUAGAGGACGUGGCGGUGAUCCAGGGAGACACGGCGCUCAUCACCAGACCGUUCAAGCAGCAGAGACGCAGCGAGGCGGACGCAGUGAGGAGAGUGAUGUCAGAGCUCAGCCUGACCGUGGUUGAGAUGGGCGACGAACAAGGCGACUCUGGCGGCGCCACGCUGGAGGGCAGCGACGUCCUGUUCACAGGGAGGGAGUUCUUCGUGGGGAUUUCCUCCCACACCAACCGCAGAGGAGCCGAGGUGCUGGCAGACACCUUCAGGGACUUUGCCGUGUCCACCGUCCCGGUCUGCGGCGGCGCCAGGCUGAAGAACUUUUGCUCCAUGGGCGGACCGGACACCAUCAUCAUCAGCGGCGGUGACGGCGCCAAGAAGACUCUGAGGGUGAUGGAGCAGCUGACCGAUCACCACUAUGACGUUCUCACCGUCCCAGAGGAAUCUGCGGCUAACUGUAUCUACGUUAAAGGCCCGUCCAAACGGGACUUCCUGCUGCACCGGCCCGCAGAGGAGAUUCCCGACAGCGUCUCUGCCUUCCAGAAGCUGCCGGACUACACCCUGCUGCCGACGGCCUGCAGCGAAGCAUCCAAGCUGGGAGCGUCUCUGUCCUCGCUCUGCCUGCUCAUCAACAGAAAGCACACGUAUUUCUGAGGACGCUGCUGCCGUCGCAUAAUCACGCAGCUUUUUAUUCUGGUGGCUCAUUAGUCACGGCCCACAAAGUAAAAACAGUGUUUAAUAAUAAUGGUUCCAGGACACAGAGAUCUGUGGUGCAGCUGCUCCCCCUGCUGAAAGUUCAGCUACUCUCAGUUCCUGUCAUUUCAUUUUACAGUAAAAAAAAAAGACAAGUGUGAAGACACCCAGAUGGUUUAGUGAAUUUUUUAUACUUGCAGUGUUAUAUUUUUAAUCAAGCACAAGAUCUAAACCACUUUAAAAAAAAAACUACAGAGAAUUAUAACUGUUCACAUAUUAAUCUAAGUAAAAAUAAAAGUUAAUUGAAGUAUUCAAUUCAGCUUGAAACAUUUCAUCUUAAAAGGUUUGAAACGAUGAACACGUUUAAUUUUAUAAUCACUGUCCUUUAAGGUGUAAGACCUGAAAUGACUCAUCUGUAUUUCAUUUAUUACAAAGUGUAGUCUUAGGUUAGUGAAAUACACCUAGCUGCUCAAUUAAGGAUGUUUUAGCUUCCUAGAAUAUACAUUUGUAGUUGUGGAAAUAAAAUCUAACUUUUACCCUGA